GGUCUGAUUCUAAACAGGGACUUGCCGCCUGAUGGCAGCUUGGUGACUAGCUUUGUGGUUUACCUCUCCAACGGAUCAGAGCGAUUGGAGUACAGCAAUGUCACUGAAAACACCACAGAGGUGGCUGUGCCUCCAGAGUUUGAGUUCGACUACAUGUACUUUUGGAUCUUCAGCAAAUCUUCUUUGGCGGAAGCCACCACGCCACAGGUUCACAGCAUUGUUGACGUGGACGCAACUGUGCAGACUGUCGAGUUUGUUGGAGAGGACCUCGACCUUGAGAACUUGGGAGGCUUCGUCCGUUGGACGCCCAAUGGGGCGAUGACGCUGCCUCCCGCUGCCAAGCCCCUUGCCCUCCAGGUUGUCCCGGAUCAUCAGCGCGAGGGUGUCCUGGAUCGCGGCCAUGAAAUAGAGGUCCAAGUAGUCCUUCAGGAGGCGGAGGUCCCACCGGCAUCGGUCCUUGGGAAGUUGAUCCAAAGGCCCUUUGCAACACCUCGAGGGAUUGCCUCACCGUCUCCUGCCAGCCAGCUCCUCGGUCAUGCCGUUCAGAUGCUGGACCUUGUUGUCUUCCAUCAGCUCCGCUUGCCGCCGUCGAAGAUCUUCUCGACAAACUUGUCCUUCACGGACGAAGAUCUAGAUGGCGGUGAAGUCUCGAACUCACUUACCUGGACGCAGCCAGAGGUGCCAGAUGUUUUGGUGGACUUCCGCGUGUUCCUCGCUUUGUCAGAUGCAUCUGCGAUGACGGAACUAGGUGCUGCACCUGCGGAAAGCAGCAUUUUCUUCGUGAACGAAGGCACUCCGAUUGAAAACUACACGCAGAUCUUGGUGUACUCGAGAUCAUCAGCAAUGACACAAAGUACACCUUCGGCAGUGAACGUCACGGAUCUGGAUGAAAGCGUCUCAAAUGUUCGCUUUGAAGACUACGACUUGGAUGCUUUAGACCUCGGUGGUGGAGUCAACUGGACACCUCCAGAACCUUUGGAGGGUACCAAGUACUACUCCAUACAGCUGGUUUGGGAUCAGACAUUUGAUUAUCGCAGUGUCAUUUCUGAAGUGAGUGUCGGGGAGCGGCACUACGAAAUUCCUGUAGAUACGUACCUCGGGACUUUCCCCUACAUGUACGUUUACACCAAGUCCAGUCUGUUGGAGCAGACAACACCUGUGGGCAUCCUGAUCAGUGACACUGCACCUGAGAUCACAAAUAUCCAGUUCUCAGACCAGGACUUGGACCAAUAUGAAAUCGGCGGGAACCUCACCUGGACCGAGCCUCUAAGCCGCAAUGGAGAAACGAGUCAACAGGGGUGGUGUGGGUGGCCCUGCUUAAUUUCGCUGUUGGGUGGAGGCCAUCGCUAG